AUGCUCCAGUUCCCCACCCGACCUGGCAUCGGUGGCUCUGGACGGCCCAUCCAGGUCCGCUCCAACUUCUUCCCCAUCCUGACCCUUCCGAACCAAAACGUCCACCAGUACGAGGUCACGAUCUACCCCGAUGUUCCUCCCGCCAAGAACAGAAGGGUCAUCCGUCUCUGGGAGGAGGCUUCCAUCAUCGCCGGCACCCUCAACGGCGUUCGACCCAUCUAUGACGGACGAAAGCACAUGUUUACAUCCAGACCCAUUCCCAUGGAGUCUGAUUCCGUUGUUUACUACUUGGACUACUAUGAGGACGAGGAUUGGAAGAGCCCUAGCCUCACUGGCACUGGCUCUCCGACCAAGCCCAGAAGCCCAGUUUCGCCCCAGCCUGUGCCCACCCUGUCGACUACCGACAACACCUCGACGGAUCUGGUCGAUGGUCGCAAGAGCUCCAAAAAGUUCAAGCUGACCAUUGCCAAGAUUGGCGAAAUCAACAUGUCCCGCCUCAGCCUGUUCUUGGAUGGCCGUCUCUCGGAAACUCCUUUGGAUGCCAUCGGCGCCCUCGACAUUCUCCUCCGCCACCGUCCCUCUCUGAUGUACACCACCGUCGGCCGCUGCUUCUACACCUCCGAUUCGGCCGCCAUGAUUGCGAACGGUGCUCAGCUCUGGCAGGGAUUCCACCAGAGUCUGCGUCCUGCCCGCGGCCAGAUGCUGAUCAACCUCGAUGUCUCCGCCACCGCCUUUUAUCAGACGGGCCCCGUCGUCGAGAUUGUUGCCAAGAUCCUCGGCAAGCAAUCCGCCGGCGAGCUUCGCUCCAUCCUCUCAGACAAGGAUCGCCAGAAGCUCGAAAAGACCCUCAAGGGCCUCAAGGUCGUCGUCACCCAUCGUGGCCAGGUCCGCCGCAAAUACCGCAUCGCCAAGCUCACCAGCACCCCCGCCAACCGCACCAUGUUCGUCGUCGGUCAAGAUGCUGCCACGGGCGCGACCGGCACCGAAGAGUCGGUUGCCAGCUACUUCCAGGCCAAAUACAACCGCCACCUGUACUUCCCUCAUCUGCCGUGCUUGGUUGUCGGCGAUCCGAGCAAGCACGUCUACCUUCCGCUGGAGGUUUGCGAGAUCAUCCCGGGCCAGCGUCAUCUGCGCAAGCUGAACGAGCGCCAGACGGCCGAGAUGAUCAAGUUCACUUGCCAGCCCCCGCACGUCCGCUCCAACAAGAUUUCGGCCGGCAUCACCAUUCUGCAGCAGCGCGACAACGACUACCUCAAGGACUUUGGUGUGCAGAUUGGCCACGAGAUGGCGAUCGUUAAUGCCCGUGUGCUGCCGGCGCCCUCGAUCUCGUACCAUCCCGCCUCCAAGGAGCCCGUCAUCACCCCACGUGAAGGCGCCUGGAACCUCCGCGACAAGAUGGUGGCCCAGGGUGUCAUCAUCCGCUCUUGGUCCGUCGUUGCCUUUGGCUCUGAGGCCGACUACCCCGUCGGCGCCGUCCAAAAGUUCGUCACGCUUCUGGUGCAGACCUGCGAAGAGUGCGGUGUCUUUAUCCAGAACCGUCAGCCUCCGAUUUCGUAUGCCAACCCGCAGGGCAACGUCGAGAAGACCCUCAUCGACGCCUACAUGGUGGCCGGCAACUCGUUCCAGGAGCGGCCCCAGCUGAUUGUCUGCGUGCUGCCCAACACGGGUGUGCCGCUCUAUGCCGAAAUCAAGCGUGUCUCCGACACGGUCAUUGGCAUUGCUACCCAGUGCAUUCAGGCCAAGCACAUGUUUGCGGCCAAGCGCCAGUACUGUGCCAACGUCUGUCUCAAGAUCAACGUCAAGCUCGGCGGCAUGAACUCGUACCUCUCCAACACGCAGCUUCCCUUCAUCAGCGAACGCCCUACCAUUGUCUUUGGCGCCGAUGUAACUCACCCCGCCCCCGGAUCCUCGUCCACCCAGUCGAUUGCUGCUCUCGUUGGCUCCAUGGAUGCCCAGUGCUCGCGCUAUGCCGCCGCCAUCCGCGUUCAAAAGGGCCGCCAGGACAGCAUCCAGGAUCUCACCGGCAUGGUCAUUGAGCUGCUCAAGACCUUUUACCAGACCUGCGGUGCCAAGCCCGAUCGCAUUCUCUUCUAUCGCGACGGCGUUUCCGAGGGCCAGUUCGGCGAGGUCCUGCGCAACGAAGUCGAGGCCAUCCAGCGCGCCUGCUCGGUCUUGGAUCCCAACUAUCGCCCGACCAUCACCUACGUGAUUGUCCAGAAGCGCCACCACGCUCGCUUCUUCCCUAUCCGCAAGGAGGACUCGGACAAGUCCGGCAACGUCCUGCCCGGCACAAUCAUCGAGACCGGUGUCACCCACCCGUCCGAGUUUGACUUUUACCUGUGCUCCCACCCUGGUCUCCAGGGCACCUCCAAGCCCACGCACUACCACGUUCUCUACGACGAGAAUCGCUUCUUCCCCGACGCCCUGCAAGAGCUCACCUACCGACUGUGCUACCUGUACUGCCGUGCCACGCGCUCGGUGUCGGUCUGUCCUCCUGCCUACUACGCCCACCUGGUCGCCGCCCGUGCUCGUUUCCACGCCACGGGUGAGGGCUGGAGCGAGAGCGCCAGCGUCAGCGAGGCUGGCAGUGUCUAUUCCAUGACCGGCGCCAUCGCCUCACCCAUCGGCCCUGGCGGCGCGACCUCGGCCAACGACGUCACCAUGAAGCUGCGCAAGAAGAUGAGCACCAUGAGCCUGAACUCGGUCGCCAGCAGCGGCAUGAGCAGCUUUGGCGAGCGCGUCAUGAACUACGGAACUGUCAAGCCCGAGCUGACCAAGGUUAUGUACUUUAUGUAG